CUUAAUGCACAAAUAUAUCAUCCUUUAAAUGUUCAAUCUGUAAUCCAAGGCAGAACUUUGUUAUUCCUAAAUCUUUCAUUUCAAACUCUUUCUUCAAGCAAUCAACUGCUUUUGGAAGCUCUUUGCGAGUUCCAAUGAUAUUUAUGUCAUUAACAUAAACUGAUAUUAUAACAAAUUCACUACCUAAUCUCUUUAGGAAAACAUAUGGACAAAUGGGGUCAUUCUUGUAUCCUUCUUUCAUCAAAUAUUCACUAAGACGAUUGUAUCACAUUCGUCCAGAUUGUUUCAAUCCAUACAAGGAUUUGUUCAAUUUGAUAGAAAUUUUUUCUCGAGAAUCUGUCUUACUUGCUUUUGGCAAAGUGAAUCCUUCAGGGAGGUGGCUUCUAUCGUACCUUGAGUAAAAUCUAGGGUACGAUAUACCCCUGAGUAAGAAAAUGAUAUCUAGACCUCGAAUUAACCAGAUUUUUGGGCAUGAUUAAGUUAUUUAUUAAUCACCACCACACCGUUGAUCUAAUCUAACAGCGUUGAUUAAUUAUGAUUAGUUAUUUAUUUUUUACAAUAUAUAAAUAAUUAAUUAGUUCCGUUACUUUUUUAAACGUCCUCUUUAGUCCAUAUACAAACUUUUUCAUACCUUUUUAAAUUCAUGUACCUAAUUUUCUAUUAAUCAUCACUUGAAUACCCCAUUUUUGUAACUGUGUCUCCAUCAAAGCUACUUAAUUUUUUCCAAGCCGUCGUUUCAACUCCAAAUCCCACUUUCCACUUUGGUCCAUUAACAAACUUUAAUUCUUCUGCAACUUAGAAACAGAGCAUGACACAAAUGAGAGAAACAGAGCACACGCAAUGAACGAAGCAGAGAUACUGAAAACUGAACAUAAUGGAAAUCGUUUGCUUUAUGAAGCUAAUAGUGAGACACAUAACGUUCCCUGGUUCUUCUUCCUUCUAUGUGGGUUUUGAAUCCACUCUACGUUAUGAGUCUGCAUCUAUUGUUGCUGUUUUGAAUUGCGGGUAGCUUGGUACAGGGUUUCUCAUAUUGAUAGACCCAACCGAUCUGUACAAAAAAAAAAUACACACACACACAACGUUAGGUUAGCGUUUGAAAUUAAGCAAUUAACUACUUCAAUUUAUCAAGGAAUUCUUUCAACCUUCCCUAAAUAAUACGCAGUCGCCGCAACUGAUGGUUGAGAUUACCGAUUGAACAGAAAUGACGGAGAGGGAGUGAGACCGUCUUGCCGGAAGCUGCAGCGGGAUCAUUAAAGAUGACAAGAGGAAAGGAACCGUCACUGCCAUGUACGCAGGCGAGUACACCGAAAGCACCUCUUCUCCGGCAGCUGCCACUGUGACAUCGUCCUCAUCGUCCUCAUCGUCUCCAAAGUUUGCGAUUGAUGGGUCAAAAAGUAUCCACAGCCACCGCUCUACCCAGCCGCCGCCAUGGUCAUGGCCGUCCAGAACUUCUCAUAUCCCACAAAUGUCAAAGCUUCCACUCCGCAUGCCACUCGAGUUCUUCCCCAUUGGCAGUCCCACAUUACCUCUAAUUCCCACUCGCCCCUCACUCUGGCCGCUGCCGGCGACAACAGCGGCAAGAAAAAUCCAAGACCACCGCCUGCAAGAACAAUCGUCACCGGCUGCCUCCUUCAACGACACGAAUUGCUCUAUGCGAAGAUGAACCGAAUGGAAGGAUGAGUUUGGUGAUUGACGGGGAAUUGGCCGCCGGUCUGUGUGCUAAUCUGGAUAUGGAAUCGUAGUUGUCAUAUCUCCGACGGAGUUCCGUGAUGUGGAGAUGGAUACUUAGGCGAGCAACGGCGAGAGGGAUUUAAUCUCACAUCUGAUUUUAAUGAACCAAUUUUGUUCCCUUUUAAUUUGUGAUGAUGUUCUAGGUGGCGUCUAGGUUUGUGAGGUUUUUUAUGAUGAGGGUGUUGGGGGGACCGGAUCAGGUCAGUAACUCACCCAUCAGUAACUGUCAGUAAUCUAAUCAUUUGUCCCCACGUGUCAGCUUUUUCCUUUUAUUUAAAUUUAACACGGAGGGGCACUAAGGUAAAUUGUACCCCUAUUUAAUGCUGACGCGCUGACGCUGACUUUUUGACCAGACGCGGUUCCCACCCUACACUGGUUCCCCUCUCUCUCACUCUUUGUUUUAUUAUUAAAAGAAAAAAUACAUUAGUUCUUCUCUCUCCCAUAUACAACAAAAAUGAAUCUAACCAUUCUAGCCAUCUCUGAUCUAAUUCCAUCUCAAAUUGAAUGAUGAUUUUUUCGUUAAAUGAUUCAGUGCUAAAGACAGUAAUUACAAGUAUAAAUAUGAUUAUCACUUUCUACUAUCAUGGUAAAACAUGGUAAAUAUGUUGAAGAAAAUUACAAAUCUAACUAUGAUACAAUACCACAUGGUAUAACGUGGUAAAACAUGGUAAAAUAUGUUGUAGAAAAUUACAAAUCUAACUACCAUACAAUACCACAUGGUAUAACGUGGUAAAAUUGAUACUACUGGCAUGAUAAAAUGGGACAUGUCUACAUAUACACUCUACACAAUAUAUACUACUGGCAUGAUAAAAUUGUCGCCCCAUUUCAAAUUUCUACAACGAGAGCAAAAGUAUGAAUGACAUUUUUGUCUUCGCCAUUAUAUAUCUUUAUUUUGUAUAGAAAAUAGACAAGUAUUGGGAUUUGAACUAAUGUAUCUUCAAACACAGACAACAAGAGUCAUGACCAUUAUUGUCAAUUCGAGUAUGACUCUGCUGGUCAAACCAAUUCUACCUAAACUUGAGUAUCUCAGCGGGUGUCGAAGACCUAGUUGGUUGUCUACUCGAGAUCGGUCAAAGUCGAGUUUAUCUAUCUCAACGGGAAAUCCGACCGAGUUAAACAAGUGAUUCAAGCACCGGGCCACUUCAAAAUGAUGUUGUUUUCAACAAUUCAUAUAUGUAGCUAUGUUGUCAUAUCAUCUUUUACUUAUCACAGAUUCCCACAACAUGAAGCAUCACAGACCAGGUUCGCCUAUCCCAUCGUCUCUUCUUCUUGCUUUAGAUUCGAGAGCCUACAAUACAAGACCAAACCAUCUCAAAAUGCAUCAUAAUCCCGCAAUAGUAAAUUUCAUUUUUCUCCAGGUGCACAGUCAUAGAGCUGGUUGACCUCAACUCAUACAAAUAAGAAGCAAAAAUUAUUAGAGAAACAUGCAUUUGAGUUAAAACUUUGUGUGACUAAUAGAGGCCAAAUUCCUCAUUUUAAUUAUUGUUUAAUACUUAAUUAAAUUCCUAUAUAUAUCUUAUAAAUAGAGGUUUACUUUAAAAUCGCGGCCCAAAUAUCACUGGUUUGAAUUUUCCAUAUCGAAUUGCAGUAUUGAAUAUGUAAAAGUGAUGUAUAAUUCUUAAAUUAGAUCUACUAUGACACAAUCGUAUUCAUAUCUUCGUGUAAACUAUAUGAGACUGAUUCUUUGAACAUUUUAGCUCUCCUAACCGUCAAAUUUUAAACUUCUUCCUAUUCUGACAUGAUUGGAUCCAACAAUCAUUAAGAGUUUGAUAAUUUGGUUCAUUUCACCUUUUUUAAAUGUGCUAAUGAAUUUGUAGGGAAUGG